AUGUUGAAACUUGCUCCAGGUAGGAUGUGUCUAACAUCUGACAUGUGGACUUCUGUUACGACUACAGGGUAUAUAAGCUUAACUGUGCACUAUCUUGAUCAAAAUUGGGAGUUAAAGAAGUAUCUUCUGAAUUUUUGUGAACUUCCACCACCUCAUACAGCUCUUAUCGUAAAAGAUGGACUUAUGAAGAUUGAUCCAGCUGUGCUUAAGAUAAGAAAGUCUGUGAAGUCCCUUAAAAAGUCUCAAGUAAGAAAACAAAAAUUCUUGGACAUUGUUGAAGCUUUAGGAAUGUCUGGAACAAGAAGGGGUAUUCGUCAAGACGUGAGCACAAGGUGGAAUUCAACUUAUCUCAUGUUGGACAGCUGUCUUGUUUAUAGAGUUGUUUUUGCUCAUUUAAAGGAGGUGGAUCCAGACUAUGAAGACUGUCCAACUGAUGAAGAAUGGGAGAAAAUUGAAGUUGUCACAAAGUUUCUCAAGACAUUUUAUGAUCUCACGACUUUAUUUUCUGGUAGUAAGUAUCCUACUUCCAAUCUUUAUUUUGAAGGAGUUUGUCGAGUUCAGGUGUUACUCAAAAAAGAAAGUACAAAUGAUAUUGAUUACAUUAGGGAGAUGGUAAAAGAGAUGCAAGAAAAAUUUAACAGUUAUUGGACAAACUUGAGUCCUAUAUUGGCUAUUGCACUUGUGUUAGAUCCUAGAUAUAAACUUCAUUAUCUGAACUUUGCUUACUCCAAGUUGUAUCCUGAUGUAAGAGUACUAGAAAGAAAAGUUAAUGAUGUGCGUGAUGAAAUGAAAAAACUUUAUAAUGAGUAUUGCAUCUUUUCAAGAGCUUCUGGAAUUGGAACUCAGAAUUUGGGUACUCAAACCGAUGGGAAUUCUGCCCAUCAAGGAAGUGAGUGGUACGAGUUCUUGUACUUUAUGUUCUCAUAG